CCCAACUGUGAGGCUAGCUGGCUAAGAUGAUAUUGGGCAUUCACUAGCUGUGCAGCAUGCCAGGUACCCAGCUAAGGUUACCUGCCAAACACUCACCUGAGAACUGGAUAUAAGUCGUGUCUGCCUUCUUAACUAACUCGUUAGCGGGCUAGCUAACUGUCUAUAUGACUGAGGUCGGGCCUCAUACAAUCCGCUCGUUAGCUAACGUUGAUUUUAGCUGAAGUUUGCUUCGCGAACGUUAGUUAUCUGACUUCUGAGGCUGUCCGACGUUGGUUGUAUUUUAGCGUUGGAAAGUUUGCUUACUGGUUUAAGUAACGUUAGCCAGCUGGUUAACUUAUUUCAAUGCGUUCAAUAGCAAGCUAAUAUUAGCUACACUGUUUAAUAGUUAUAGCAGCAACAAGACGAUGAAAUGGCCGCUUUUGUGGACGGCGGUGGGGAAUUCCUUCAGAAGCGUAACCCCAGUACCGGUCAGGACUCCCAGCAGACGUCCUCUCUGGCGCUGCUUGCGGCCACCUGCAGCCAGAUGGACCCCCCCGGGGAGGGGGAGAGCUCGUCAGAGCAGCAGCCCCCCCACCAGGCGCUGGAGCUGGGGCAGGCCCAGCUGGCUCACACCCCCAGCGGCUGGCAGAUCAUCCCCGUCAGCGCCCCGUCAUCCACAGCCCCCAGCGCGGGGUCCGGGGAGGAGGCGGGGAAGGGGGCGGGGCCUGCGCAGGCCCAGCAGUACGUGGUGGCGUCGGCCCCGGCGCUGGCGGGGCAGCAGGUUCUGACGGCGCUCUCCGGGAUGAUGCCCGGGGUCCAGUACCAGGUCAUCCCCCAGUUUCAGACCCUGGACGGGUCCCAGGUGCAGCUGACCCAGUCGGACCCGUCCGCCGUGGGAACGGGACAGAUCCAGCUCCUCUCCUCCGCCGUGGGCGGCGGCCAGCAGCUGAUCGCCACGGCGAACCGGGCGGGGGGCGGGGGCAACGUCCUGACGGUGCCGGGCCUCAUCCAGCAGGCCAUCCCGCUGCAGAACCUGGGCGGGACCGUCCUGCAGAACCAGGCCCCGUUCCUGGCCAACGUGCCCGUGUCGCUCAACGGGAACAUCACCCUGCUGCCCGUGAGCAGCGCCACCGUGUCCUCCGCUGGCGGGGCGGUGUACUGCAGCAGCGCCGUCACCAGCACCGCGCACACCACCGUGUCCUCGGGGGGGCGGGCCAAGGGCGGGGUCCAGCCGCUGCAGGCCACGCCCGCACUCUCCCAGGAUGCCCUGCAGAUCCAGACGCUGCCAGGCUCCGCCCCCAUCAUGCUGCGCACCGUGGGGCCCAACGGGCAGGUCAGCUGGCAGGCGCUGCAGCUGCAGGCGGCGCCGGGCGCGCCCAUCACCCUGGCAUCAAUGCCUGGCCUCCCUCAGCUGGCACAGGCCCCCACCACCGUACAGCUGCCCGGCCUGCAGACCAUCAACCUCAACACCCUGCAGGGCAUGCCCAUCACCAUCACACACCCCACAGGAGACCAGGGGCUGGGGGGCGGAGCCGGAGGUGGGGCCGGGGGCGGGGACAGUGUGGAUGACAGCUUUAUGGAGGAGGGCGGAGACACCAGCCCCCAGCAGCCCAUGCGCCGCUCUCGCAGAGAGGCCUGUACCUGCCCCUACUGCAAGGAGGGAGAGGGCCGGAAUGACCCCAGCCGGAAGAAGCAGCACAUCUGCCACAUCGCCGGCUGCGGCAAGGUGUACGGCAAGACGUCCCACCUGCGGGCGCACCUGCGCUGGCACACGGGCGAGAGGCCCUUUGUCUGCUCCUGGACCUUCUGCGCCAAGCGCUUCACCCGCUCCGACGAGCUGCAGAGGCACAGGAGGACGCACACGGGAGAGAAGAAGUUCUCGUGCUCUGUGUGUCCGAAGCGUUUCAUGCGCAGUGACCACCUGUCCAAGCACAUAAAGACCCACACCAACAAGAAGGGCGCCACGGCAACCAAAGCUGGCGCCAGCUCUGCCCCCUCCUCGGUCGCCGCGGACACCACAGCGGCCACUUCCACCAGCGCAGAUGCCUGCACCGCGGGGGGCCCCACCCCAGACCAGCACGGUCUCAUCACCAUGGAAACGCUGUCGCCUGAGGGAAUCGCCCGAUUGGCCAACAGUGGGAUUAACGUCAUGCAUGUGGCAGACCUCCACUCUGUGAACAUGAACAGCAACGGCUACUGAGGUGGGGGGGGCACACUGGGCCAGAGAGGCAGGGUUAUGGGGGGGGUGACUUUGGUUCCUGCGUACCCCUCUGCCAUCAUCAGGACCCCCCCACACGCAGCGGACACGACUAAAGUCUGCUCUUCUCAGAGACUGAGACUGCGUUUUACCUGCGGUGGAACAGCGUCUGUGGCUGAUCCUGGAUCAGCUGUGUGCUUUUCUCCUGUGGUGGAACAGCGUCUGUGGCUAAUCCUGGAUCAGCUGUGUGCUUUUCUCCUGUGGUGGAACAGCGUCUGUGCUGAUCCUGAAUCAGCUGUGUGCUUUUCUCCUGGGCAGAACAGUGUCUGUGGCUGAUCCUGCAUCAGCUGUGUGCUUUUCUCCUGGGCGGAACAGCAUCUGUGGCUGGUCCUGGAUCAGCUGUGUGCUUUUCUCCUGUGGUGGAACAGCGUCUGUGGCUGAUCCUGGAUCAGCUGUGUGCUUUUCUCCUGUGGUGGAACAGCGUCUGUGCUGAUCCUGAAUCAGCUUUGUGCUUUUCUCCUGGGCGGAACAGCGUCUGUGCUGAUCCUGAAUCAGCUGUGUGCUUUUCUCCUGGGCAGAACAGCGUCUGUGCUGAUCCUGAAUCAGCUGUGUGCUUUUCUUCUGGGCGGAACAGCAUCUUUGGCUGAUCCUGGAUCAGUUAUUACUGCCAAGUCUAACUACUUAUUUUCGUCUUCUUGUACUUGCAUAGAGAUUUUUAUUUUCCUUUAAUUUUUACGAAAUAUUUUGAAUAUGAUUGAAAAUAUAGGUAUGUUUAAAGCUAUCAUGCUUUGAUAAACAUAAAAAGCUCCCCCCACCCUGUCUUUUCUUUGGGGGUGGGGCUAUGAAAAACAGGAGGGGUGGACACAGUAGCAUUGCUGUGUGAACGCCUCAAGCACAAACCUUAAGCAUUCAUUCUGGCAACUUUUUAUAUGACAUGAGACCAAUUAUUUUCCAAGAGAAUCUUGUGUUGGGCUGUGCUGGAGUUCAUCACAGUCUGAGAGAGCCCUGUGUUAGACUGUGCUGGAGUGUAGCACAGUCUGAGAGAGCCCUGUGUUAGACUGUGCUGGAGUUCAUCACAGUCUGAGAGAGCCAUGUGUUAGACUGUGCUGGAGUGAAGCACACUCUGAGAGCCCUGUGUUAGACUGUGCUGGAGUGAAGCACACUCUGAGAGCCCUGUGUUAGACUGUGCUGGAGUGAAGCACAGUCUGAGAGAGCCCUGUGUUAGACUGUGCUGGCGUUCAGUCCUAGUUCAGCUGUGUUCGGUCUCCUCUCCUGAGCCCCAGGUCUGUCUUACUUGGAUGUUUGGCUUAUUUUUUCAUUAAAAGCUUUAGUUAGGCACCUUCUUUUUUCUAUAAUUUAAUAGUGGGAAGAGCUUCCAUUAUUUAAGCUUUCAGCUUUAAGCUUCCAGAGGGUUUAUGAAACCAAAACUGGGGCGGAGCUACCAUGUGCUGUCAGUCACUUGUGAGCUUAACACGGGUCACACCAAUCGCUGUGCUUUUCUGUAGCGCACAAUAAACUUUAAUUGGCUCAAAAGAAGGUUAGUGAUCGAGGGCUGGUCGUUGCUCCGCCCUCUGUGGGCAUGGUUAAGCCGCUCUCUCCUGCCUGGCCUGUAGGGGGCAGCAGUGUGUGAUGUCAGAGUUCCGCCUCCUUGGCGAUGGGCCGGGAGGAAGGCCGUGUUUCCGGGGCAUUUCGGCGCUAAAUCUGCCCUGUCCCGCUGUGGAGCGGCUCUUUGCUCCGGACCCGCCCUCCCUGCCCAGCCCCCCCCUCCCUCUGUGUCCCGUGCGUAUCACUGCUCCAAGCUGGUGCGCCGUUACUAUGGAAACCGUGAAAUGGAAUUUAUACAUGGUGGUUUCUCUUUGUUUUUUUGUUUGUUUUUUUUUGUUUUAAAUGUAAAAAUUUGAGAUUAACUUUUUUUAUACAGCACUAUGGGAGUCCAGCUGCUGUUAUGUACAGUGCACAGGGAUUUUUAUACAUCUGUUAAAUAUAUAUAUUUUUCGGUAUAUAAAGCACUUGGAAUUUCGGAAGUGGCGACGGUGUGGGGAAUUGUCUGUGGCCUCCUCGGCACCUCCCAUUGGUCCUCCGAACCGGUCUUCAUUUUAUACAUGGAGGGAUUGGUGAAAACAAAUACAAGUACGACAGAAAAACAUCAGCCGCAUUAAAAUAUAUUCAUAGAA